AAAAACAUCAAAAUGCAGAGCAACAUAGCACCGAACUGUAUGGUGGUAACACCACAUCACUUGGCCACUCAAAGUGCUUUGGCCGUUCUGAGAGAAGGAGGAACUGCUAUUGAGGCAAUGGUGUCUGCUGCAGCAACGGUUGCUGUAGUCUAUCCUCACAUGAACAGCAUAGGAGGCGAUUCAUUUUGGCUGAUCGUACCACCCACCGGAGAACCUGUAGUAAUCGAAGGAUGCGGACCAGCCGGCUCAUUAGCCAUACCCGAUUUCUUUAAAGAUUACAAAAAUAUUCCAUUUAAAGGACCAAAAGCUGCGAAUACGGUAGCAGGUGCUGUAGGUGCUUGGGAAGAAGCACUUAAGUACGUAUCUGAAUGUGGAUAUCAACGAAUGUCAUUAUCCAAAUUACUUGCUGAUGCUAUAAUGUAUGCACGAGACGGGUUUCCUGUGACAAAAUCCCAUCAUGAUAGCUUGAAAAACAUUCAAGCCGAAGGAAGCGUCCCUGCUGAAUUUGGAAGAGUUUUUAUUCCUGAUGGAAAAAUUCCAAAAGUGGGAGAAACGUUUUGCCAGAAGCAACUCGCUAAGACUCUGCAGCAUUUAGUUGAAAACGGUCUCAACAGUUUCUAUAAAGGCGAAUUGGCGAAAUUGAUUGCCGAGGACAUGGAGUCGUUAGGCAUGCCUAUCACGAAAUCAGAUCUUGCAAACUACGCUCCAGUUAGGAAAGUUCCUUUACGAUUAUUACACAGCCACGGCGAGAUAUUCAACAUUCCUCUGCCUCAAGGUUUAGUUUCGCUAACUAUUCUCGGUAUCUUAGACAAGUUGGGUAUUGAUGGUCAACAUGAAGGCCAAUUUGUUCAUGCUGCAGUAGAAGCCACGCUACAAAGUUUUAAAAUGCGAGACAACUAUAUAAAAGAGCACAUGAAAACUGAUCCCAAUUCUUUACUAUCCAGUCAAAACUUAUUUAAAAUGGCAAAAGAUGUAAACUUACAACAUUUUUCUGGUGCUCAUCCAUGUAAAGGGUCUGGAGAUACUAUUUGGAUGGGAAUAAUGGACAACAAAGGUUUUUCAGUUUCUUUUAUUCAGAGUAUUUAUUUCCAAUUCGGUAGUAAUAUGGUACUUCCUAGAACGGGUAUUUUGUGGCAUAAUAGAGGUGUAGCAUUUAAUUUGGAAAAGGAUCAUGCUUUGUGUAUAGAGCCUGGAAAGAAGCCUUACCAUACAUUGAACCCUGCUGCAGCUCGUUUGCGCGAUGGACGAGUUUUAGUUUACGGAACAAGAGGUGGUGAUGGACAGCCUCAAACACAGUCUGCGAUCUUUCACAGAUAUGUGGUACAGGGAAAGGAUGCACAGCAGGCGGUGACUGAACCAAGAUGGCUUUAUGGCAGGACAUCUGGCCCUCCAGAGACUACCCUGAAAUUGGAGGGAAGGUUUAACGCGGAGACUAUAAAUUAUUUGAAGGAAAGAGGUCAUGAUAUAGUUAUGUUACCAGAUUAUAGUGAGCACACUGGUCAAGCAGGAUUGUUAAUAAGACAUCCUGAUGGUAAUAUGGAAGGUGCCUUUGAUGUUAGAAGUAACGGAAGCGCUGCUGGCUUUUAAUGGAAUAUUUUUAAGCCAAUUUAUAAUCUUAUUCAUAGUUCUUAAGCUAGUCAUAUAAAAUCUUAUAAUUUAAAUAUUAAGGUCCAGGUUAUAUCCCUGAUUUGAUAUGGCAUUUAUGAUUAUUUUUUCUAUUAGAAUUAAGUCGUAUUUUACAGGUUCAUAUUCAGAGUAGCAUGUGUUU